AUGGAUAAAGUGAAGAAAACUUCUUGGGAGAAAAUUACUAGUCUUCUUUAGUAGUUAUAUACUGCGGAAUAGCAAAUUCAAGAGUAGCAUGUUACAAUACAAAGCAGUACUUAUACACUAGUUUCAUUAUUCCAUGCUCAAUUUCGUCAAUUGAUUGAUAGAGAGGAUAUUAUUGAUUCAAUAUAACAAUUAGAUUUCGAGACCCCUUAAUUAUUUAAUAUGGGCAGGAACUUGUAAUCUGAGUUUGCAUUUACUUCAAAUCACAAGUAUAUUUUAAAGGUUGUGUCUGGAACUCAAUACAGGUAUUUUAAAAAUACUUUCCACUAAUAUUACUUCAAAAUAAUAGCUAAUAAGAACUGUUUGUUAGCAAGAACCUUUGGAAUAUAUAAAUUAGAAGAUAGAGAAAAUAAAUCAUAUUUCGUCUUGAUGGAAAAUUUAUUUUAUGAACAUAAAUUGUAAAACAGUUAAAUAAUCAGCAUAUAUGAUUUGAAAGGAGCAUAAAGCAGUAGAAUUACUAAAAAUUUUGAUGAGCAGUUUCACCAACAAUAAGAAUUAUUAAAAACUAAGGCUCAAACAAUUCCUUUACUAAAAGGAAAGGAUGAAGAUUUUAAAAAAAUUAGAUUCUUUUAAGAUUUCUCAAAUGAAAAGAAAUUAGAUAUUAUGAAUUCGAUAAAAUAAGAAAGUGAUAUUCUCGCUGAAGCCAAUACAAUGGAUUAUUCUCUCAUGAUUAUUACUGGACAUAUCAAUCAAUGCCAAUAAGGGAAUAGACUAAUUAAGUUAAGCAAUAAUGUUGGUACUAUAAUUGGAAUAAUUGAUUAUUAUUAAGAAUAUAAUAGUACCAAAAAGCUAGAAAAUAAAUUUAAAACUUGGUUUGGCAUGCAUAAACCAGAUUAAUAGAUUAGUUGUGUAGAUAGUGAUACAUAUAGAAAAAGAUUUUAGAUUUAUUUUUAGCAAUUUCUAUAAGAUUGA